UUUUUUCUGACUUUUGUACUUAGAAUUUUUAAUAAAUGAUAAUAAUAAAAUCAUUAGACGAUUGUUUUCAGUUGUCAUUAUUUGCAUUUACAUUUUAUUAUACGUGACCUAUACUAUACAGUAUACAUUUCCCGUGAAAUGGACAGCCGGCACUCCAUUCAUUGAAAUAUUCAUUAAAAUGUUUAUUUCGAUUUUUGACAAAUUGACAACAUCGUACUUAAAUGAAACGAGUGAAAAAAAGUCUGCAGACAGAGAGUAUACCAUUGCUAUUAAGCCAAGCGGAGAGACAGUUCGAUGGAGAUGACUCCGAUUGCUUUUUGUCUAGUGAUGACAUGACACCAUUUAAGAAGCAUAACGUCUACUACAAAAGCAGAUGGGCUAGGGUCUCUUCGCUUCUAUUCUGUGGAUUUUGCCAAUGGAUUUGGCAAAAAUGCUUCCGCAAGAAGGAACUUACUUCACGUACUAUUGUCAUUGGGAAACAAAGCACCGAAAAGUAUUCCCCAAAUGUCAUACGCAAUCAGAAGUACACCAUUAUCACAUUCCUCCCAAAGGUGCUCUAUCAACAGUUCAAAUUCUUUUUGAAUCUUUAUUUUCUUUUGAUGGCUAUGAGUCAAUUUGUACCUGAACUAAGAUUAGGAUACCUCUACACAUAUUGGGGACCACUGAUAUUUGUAUUGGCUGUCACAUUAUUUCGUGAAGGUGUUGAUGAUAUUCGAAGGUGGCAACGAGAUGAAGAAGUAAAUUCACAAAAAUACAAACGUCUAAUACGUGGUAAAGAUCACAAUAUUGGUACAGAGUAUGUAUCAUCAUCAAAACUCAAAGUUGGAGACUUAGUGCUUGUAGAAAAAGAUCAAAGAGUCCCAGCUGAUAUGGUGUUAUUAAGAACUACUGAAAAAUCUGGUGCUUGUUUUGUACGAACUGAUCAAAUGGAUGGGGAAACUGAUUGGAAAUUACGUCUUGCUAUUGGAGACACUCAAAAAUUAGAUUGUGAUGCGCGUUUGUUUGAUAUUACAGCCACUAUUUUUGCUGAAAAACCUCAAAGAGAUAUUCACAGUUUCAUAGGAACAUUUAGAAGACAAGAUAAUGGGGAAGAAGUGAGUCUUGAUGUAGAAAAUACAUUAUGGGCUAACUGUGUUGUAGCUAAUGGUUCAGCACUUGGUGCUGUUGUUUACACCGGUGCUGAAACCAGGUCUGUUAUGAAUAAUUCUCAGCCUCGAAGUAAAGUUGGACUCUUGGAUAUAGAAAUUAAUCAGUUAACUAAGGUAUUGUUGGAAUUUUUUUACUUUAUUAUUUUUUUUUUUAAACUUAUAUUGUGUGUUAAGAAAUUGAGUUAA